GAAAACGUUUGUUUAUUUCUACAUGAGAUUUUCCAUGUUUUUAUGACUUUUUAAAAGCUUUUUAUAUAUAAUCAGCCAUGAAGAGAAACUUCCCAAGAGCGAAGCAGAAAGCCAUCAUAAAGAAGUUUCAAAAGAAAGCAAGAUUAGCUAAAAGUACAGAUAUCUUGAUUUUCUUAGAUUAUAUGAUGUUUCUACGAAAACUUGCAAUUGAAUCAAGCACCAAAGCUACAGAACAGAAAAGUAAAGCUAUCCAAGCAGAUCACGUUAAAGAUGUUCUAAAGAGUACACUGAAGAAAUGCCGUGGAUAGCUGAUAAGCAAUGCUGUAUGUUGGAUAUAUCAAUCUAAAUUAAAUUCAACAGCAAUGAACAACUUAAUAUUUAAUUUUAUUAUUUGGAAAAUUUAAUCUAGAUCACCUGGGUAUUUUCUGUACAAUUCUAAAAGCACCUCUUUUUCAGUUCAUUUGUAAUAUUAGACAGGACAUUGUAGAUUUAGGAAUUCAAAUUAUUUUACAGUCAAACCUCUAUUAAAGCGGUUACCCUCUAUUAAGAGGUCACCUAGCGGAUUUCGUAUGAGUGGGAAACGGACGGUACUGUACUGUGUCCGUAAUCGUACUGUAACYRAWUUCUAGUGCCCCAUUGUUUCACCAAAAUUCUGCAGGCCAGGUGCGGUAACCGUGCGGUAACGGUGCGGUAACCGUGCGGUAACGGUGUCCCACUCAUACGAAAUCCGCUAUUAACUUCCCUAAAUUUGACUCUAACAUUUACUGUAUUUAUUUCACGCGGUCACCCUUUUGACUUUCCCAACUGUGCAUUUUCAUUGUUAUUUGCCUUCAUAUUUAAACGGUCACCUCUUGUAAUCAGGAUUAAAAUCAGCUGAGUGAACGUGAAAAAUAUCACGAAAACAUGAAAUAAAAAAUGGUCAGUUUACAUUGUAA